AUGUCUGGUUCAUCAUCAUCAUCAUCAUCCUCUAGUGACGAUUGCGGAUCAAGCGAUUACGAAUUCUUCCACAAAGCCCCGACAAAUGCAAGUGGUCGUCCCGGUUUCAACAUUUUCCAGAAAUGUACUUCUGCCAUACGCCAGUUAGCGUAUAGCUUUAAGGCUGAUGCUUUAGAUGAGUACUUGCAAAUGGCUCAAGAUACGGGCUACCAAUGUUUAAACGCUUUCUGCAAGUGUGUUAUACAACUCUAUCGUGACGAGUAUUUGAGAAAGCCAACAGAAGCAGAUAUCGAGCGGUUGACGGCUAAACAUGCUGAGGUUCAUGGGUUUCCAGGUAUGCUUGGUAGCAUAGAUUGCAUGCAUUGGGGUUGGAGGAACUAUCCAGUGGCGUGGCAAGAGCAGUACAACCGAAGUGACAAGGGACAUCCAACAAUCAUGCUUGAAGCGGUUGCUUCAUAUGAUUUGUGGAUCUGGCAUGCCUACUUUCGCCCUGCUGGUUCGAACAACGACAUCAACGUCCUCAACAAAUCGGAUUUUUUCGACGAUUUGCUUGAAGACAGGGUUCCUAAAGUAGAGUUUUCGGUUAAUGGGGAGCAAUUUCAAAAGGGGUACUACCUAGCGGAUGGUAUUUAUCCAGAAUGGGCUACUCUUGUUAAGUCAUUCAAGUGCCCUCUAGAGGCAAAAACCACCAAGUUCAAAAGAUACCAAGAAGCUGCAAGAAAGGAUGUCGAGUGA